CUUUCACAGGUGGAUGUGGGGUAGAGGCCAGAACUCCAAAUAAUGAGGAACUAGACCAUCUUUCCAGCUCCUCUGUCCUAAUCCCUGGAUGACCCAAAGCAAGUGCCUUCACUUUCCAGAACUUCGGUUUUCCUGACUGUGCAAGAAGAACGGGCCCCUGUGAAGCUCAGAACUGCAGAGCGCUUGGCAGCACUUUGCAUGGUGGUGAUGCAAACGCGAUUUCUAUUUCCCCCGGUCUGCAAGCCACACCACACAUCUCCCCGGCCUUCACUUUCACUUCCAGGAGCGGCGCACUCCCCAGACUGGCAUGGCUGGCUGGCCUCCAGCGCUGGGAACAGCUAUAUUUUAAUUCACCCCGCCCACUGCCUUGAUGGAUUCUUUUUCUCCUCCUCCAGGGACUUUCCUCACUUCCUUCUGUAAACGAAGGAAGAAGCACAUGAGCACACUGGGGAGUCUGAGCUGUCUCCAGGACGAGCAGGAGCAUGGCAGAGAAUCUGGGGCUGGGCUUCGGGGAAACAGCCAGCGUGGAAAUGCUGCCUGAGGAAGAUAGCUGCACGCCCAAGGUCAGAGCCAGCCUGGCAGCUGGGAGCAGCGCCCGCUGGCCUCUCACUUGCUGCCUAGUGUCGCUCCCCAUCCUGGCAGGACUCACCACCUAUCUGCUUGUGGGCCAGCUCCGGGCCCAAGGAGACACCUGUGUGGACCAGAUUCCAAAAGGGCAGGAGUUUGGACCUUCACAUCAGCGAGCUUAUGCAUUUCCUGGAGCUGGUGGGGACAAGCCAAGGGCACACCUGACAGUUGUGAGACAAAGUCCCACACAGCCCUUGAAAAAUCAGUUCCCAGCUCUGCACUGGGAACAUGAACUUGGUUUGGCCUUCACCAAGAACCGGAUGAACUAUACAAAUAAAUUCCUGGUGAUCCCAGAGUCUGGAGACUACUUUGUUUACUCCCAGGUCACGUUCCGAGGGACCACGUCUGAGUGUGGUGAAAUCCGCCAAGGGACUCGACUGAACAAGCCAGACUCCAUCAUCGUGGUAAUCACCAAGGUAACAGACAGCUACCCAGAGCCGACCCAGCUCCUAAUGGGGACCAAGUCAGUGUGCGAAGUAGGUAGCAACUGGUUCCAGCCCAUCUACCUAGGGGCCAUGUUUUCCCUGCAGGAAGGGGACAAGCUGAUGGUCAACGUCAGUGACAUCUCUUUGGUGGAUUACACAAAAGAAGAUAAAACUUUCUUUGGAGCCUUCUUGAUAUAGGGGCAAGGCACACAUCCUUGGGUGAAGGUCCUCUGCCUCCAA